AUGAGUGGCCGGCUCGCUGCUGCAGGGGCAUUACCCCUGGCGCGACGCGCUGCCGUCCGUCACUACCACCGUCUUCCGACCGGUGGCCUUCAGCGCCCCGAAGUUGCCAUCCGUGCAACCCGCCGGCCGGCCUGGUUGUCGGGCAACGCCUUCCACAAUGCGGUCGCGGUCCGGAAUGCCUCCUUCGCCAGGAUAUUGCCCAAACUCUUUGUCAAAUUCGCCAGGCUGCCAGCCCUUUUCGGCGGCGUCAUGAUCGGUGGCGCUGCUUGGGUUCAGUAUCAGGCCAUCAAGGUUAGCAACUCGGCAUAUGACUUGUACAAGAAUACAAAGGAGACGGUAACCACCACCGCAGGGAGUCUCUGGGAUGCCGUCGGUGACAUCGCCGAACAAACCAAGCGUGGUUUCGACAAUACAAAGGAGCAGGUGGAGCUGCCAGAGUGGCUCCAAAAGGUUCUUCGGAUACAAGAGGAGCUCGGGAUUGGUGGUGGAGGGGGCCCAGACCCCGGGGAAGAACCUCCAAAGCAGAGUCGCACCGGUGCCGCUGCAGGUGCAGCAGGUGCUGCGGCAAUAUAUGGAAUCGAGCAGGCCUCCGACGAUGACAGGACCGCAGAGGAAGUGGCCAAGGACGACCAGAUGAUGGUACUCACCAAGAAGAUGAUUGAGAUCCGCAACAUGCUGCAAAAGGUCGGACAGUCAAGCACACUUACGCUCCCUUCUAUAGUGGUCAUCGGGUCUCAGUCCUCAGGCAAAAGCUCGGUUUUGGAAGCCAUUGUUGGCCACGAGUUUUUGCCCAAGGGCUCCAAUAUGGUUACUCGCCGGCCUAUCGAGCUUACCUUGGUCAACACGCCCGAGUCCAACGUUGAAUAUGGAGAGUUCCCAGACCUAGGGCUGAGGAAGAUUACGGACUUCAGCUCGAUUCAGCGGACACUCACAGAGCUCAACUUGGCCGUGUCGGACGCGGAGUGCGUUUCUGACGACCCGAUUCACCUCUCGAUUUACUCGCCGAAUGUUCCGGAUCUCUCCCUCAUCGACCUCCCGGGAUACAUUCAAGUCGUUGGUCAGAACCAGCCUCUGGAGCUCAAACAAAAGAUAUCAGAGCUCUGCGAUAAGUAUAUACAGCCACCGAACGUCAUACUGGCCAUAUCUGCAGCAGAUGUCGACUUGGCAAACUCAACAGCAUUGCGCGCUAGUCGCCGCGUGGACCCUAGAGGAGAGCGGACAAUUGGAGUCAUCACCAAGAUGGAUCUGGUUGACCCCGUCAGGGCCGCUGCUAUCUUGAACGACAAACAGUAUCCCCUCAGACUAGGAUACGUUGGUGUCGUAUCUCGUGCUCCAACAAGCACCGGUCUCUUCAAGAAGGGCAAUGAGAACCUGACCUCGGCGAUAGUCAAGCAUGAGAAUGCAUACUUCUCGUCACACCCGCUUGAGUUUGGGCCCAACGCAGGAGUCAACGUGGGUACCACACAUCUGCGUAAGAAGCUGAUGCAUGUAUUGGAGCAGACCAUGUCGGCCAGUCUACAGAGCACAAGUCAGGCAAUCCGACAGGAGCUCGAGGAGGCCACAUACGAAUUCAAGGUUCAAUAUAAUGACAGGCCACUGUCUGCCGAGUCUUACCUUGCCGAGAGCUUGGAUGCAUUCAAGCACUCGUUCAAGAAGUUCGCCGAGGAGUUUGGCCGUCCGCAGAUGCUCGAGCUGCUGAAGCACGAGCUUGAUCAGCGGGUGCUUGAUCUUUUGGCGCAGAGAUAUUGGAACAAGCCAAUAACCGACUUGUCGGUUCAACCUCCAGAGCCCGACAGCCUAGCGGACCUUCCCAAGGCCGACACCAACUCGCUAUACUGGCAUCGCCAGCUUGACGCCUGUACCUCUGGUCUUACUAAGAUGGGUAUCGGCCGUCUGGCUACAACGGUCAUCGCCAGCACCAUACAAAAGCGUAUCGACGACCUGAUUGCACAGUCGACAUUUGUCAACCACCCGUUCGCGAGGCAAGCAAUCCAGGAGGCUGCAUCCAGCAUAUUAAAUGACAGGUUCUACAGCACAAGCGAUCAGGUAGAAAAUUGCAUCAAGCCGUACAAGUUCGAUAUCGACAUGGAAGAACGGGAGUGGGCCCAUGGUCGCGAGCAUGUCGUUGGUGUACUAAAGAGCGAGCUACAAGCCUGUCAGAAUGCCCUCACGAACCUGGAGAACUCGGUCGGUGGAAGGAGGAAGCUCAAAGAGGUAACCAACUUCAUCGAUAAGGCGCGCAAGGGAGACGUUGUCGUAGAGGGCGAGAGCAAAGCCGGCGCUGGUGGCUUCAGCGCUGCGCUGCUCCAGAAAGGCCGAGAAGCUGUGUUCCUCCGCGACAGGGCCGACAUAAUCAACAUGCGCAUCAUGGCAGUAAAAUCCAAGCAGUGCAGGACCAUGGAAAACAAGUACUACUGCCCAGAGGUCUUCUUGGACGCGGUGGGGACCAAACUGGCCGCUACAGCUGUCCUGUUCCUAAACGUGGAGCUGCUCUCCGAAUUCAACUACAGCUUCCCCCGUGAGCUCGAUGCGAGGCUUGGCAGGCACCUCUCCCAGGAGCAGAUCGAGAAGUUUGCCAAGGAAGACCCGAAGAUCAAGCGCCACCUCGAGGUCAUCCGGCGAAAGGAGCUCCUGGAGCUGGUGCUCGAAAAGAUGGAGAGCCUUAGGCAGCUCGAGGGUCGCGAGAGAUCACAUAACUCGAUGGGCGGCAGCUCUUCGAGGAGCGGCAAGGACAAGAAGAGCGGAGGCGGAUGGAGUCUCUUCUGA